AUGUUUGAGAGUAAGAGAUCAGAGAUGUCUGAGAUUAUUUAUAAUGAUGUGAUCAGAACUGAGACUUUGGAAAUGUACAGAGGAGAGAGAGAGGAGAUGAUGGUGGACAUCUAUGAUAGUUCAGAAGCUGUAAGAAAUGAUGAAAUGAUGAUAAACACAGAGAUGAUGAGUAACGAAAGACAGCAAGAGCUUCAACAUACAGGAAGAGUCUUAGUGAAGAACAGAAGACACAGAUCAGUUCAAGUGUGUUUGUGUUUACUGUCUGUUCUUCUGUUCACUGCUGUAAUAGUCAUCUGUGUCUAUUUCAACAAUCAGGGAAAUUAUAACCACUUACAAGAGAAAAAACAGCUAAUACUCCAGAUCAAUAACUUAACCAAGGAAAGAGAUGAGUUAAUAAAUGAAAGAGAAGAACUGAACAGAUGGCUUAAUGAACAAGAUUGGCGCUCUGAUAACUUUAAAUGGAUUUACUACAACUUGAGUUUUUAUUACAUUUCAACUGAGAGGAGAACCUGGAGUGACAGCAGACGAGACUGUGAACAGAGAGAAGCAAAUCUGCUGAUUAUAAACAACAAAGAGGAACAAGAAUUUGUGCAGAAUGCUACAUCUGGUCGAUUUAAUUAUUGGAUUGGUCUGAGUAAAGAGGGAGGGGUGUGGAAAUGGGUUGAUGGCACCACAUUGAAAUUAAGUUUCUGGAUUAACAGAGACCCCGGAUCUUACAGUCAGAACUUUGCUGUAAUAUCUUCAUCAGGAUGGGCUAAUCGUUCAUGUGAUUUUACUACUAGAUGGAUCUGUGAGAAAAUAAUCUAACAGUGAAAUAAACUCAUGAAGUAAAACACCAGAACCAGU